AUGGAAAGAAAUAUCCAAGGAAAUAUAAAAUCCUUAACCAUUAAAAGAAAAAAUGGUAGAUAUUAUGUUUGUUUUUCUUGUGAUGAAAUCCAACCUAAAUCAUUACCUCAAACUAAUCAAAACAUAGGAAUAGAUGUAAAUCUUAAUAAACAGUCUUAUAUAACCCUUUCUAAUGGUAAGAAGUAUAAGCAUCCCGAGCAUUAUAAGAAAUCUGAAAAGAAGUUAAUUGAAACACAGCAAUCUUUAAACAAAAAGGUCAAAGCAAACGACUUGGUUAGAGAUUAUGAUAAGAUAGCCAUAGAGGACUUAAAAAUUAAGAAAAUGGUUAAAAACAGAAGUUUAUCCAAAAGCAUCCAACAAGCAAGAUGGGGUAUUUUAUUUCAAGUUAUUGCCGAGGCAGCUGCAAUUGCUACUCGGCAAUUAGUUCGAGUAAAUCCUAGGAACACAUCUCAAACCUGCUCUGAUUAUAGAGAUAUAAACUCGGCGAGAAAUAUUUUAAGUCUAGCAGAUAUGGAUAAUUAUAGCAUGAUUAUGACAAGCAAAAAAACUCAAUCCGAGCAAGAAAGACAAGAAUUCGAAAAGGUUCUCCAAGAGUUAGAGAACCCCAAAAACAUCGGUCAAGGUUCUUGGGCUUUACCCCGCAAUGCUACUCCGCUGCAAAAAGCCAAAUAUAAACUUUGCCGUCAGUUAUUAGCCUACCAAAUGGAGAAUAAGUUAACCGACCGAGAAAUGAGAGAGAGAACCAACUUAUCCCAGGAUAAAUUAGAAGACAUUUUAUUCUACCGAUUGGGCAAAGUAAAUUCCGAAGUUUUAAUCGAAGCAGUUAGCAGAGUAUAUGCUCCUUGCGAAAUAGAAGUCAUUAUUAAGGAGGAUAAAAAUUUACAUGCCCGAAUUUAG